CUAAAAAUCGAGGGAUUCAGCAUUGUCUAGUAGAUCCCUAUGGCUUUCUCCAUCUUCCGCAUAAUUAGAUAGUAGGGACUCAAAUCCGGCCCAAUAUUCGAGAUUUUUCUAAACAGGCGAAUAAGCCGAAAACAAACUGAUUUCUUAUAGGCAAAAAAAAACCUAAGCAGACGUAGGCGCCAUGAGCACCGUCAUCAAGUUGCCGGAGAAGCGACAAUAUCUCGGCCAGGCUCACAUCCCGGAGGAACCGCCGGAGAAGCGUCCGAAGCUUGGUGAUCCACAACCGAGAGAGCUCGACGAUACUGCAAUGGAAUUGCAAAUACGUAGCAAAUCAGAAGAAGCGAAGUCCGCAGGAGAAGUUAAGUCUGCGGGAGGCUUUUCAACUCAUACCCGUCGAGACAUUAAUCCUUAUUGUGAGAUCUGUUAUGGCCAUGUCGGUCACCAAUCCUGGGAUUGCCCUGACAAAUCAAAGGGAAUGGGAAUGGGUUGUCGUCUUUGUUAUGGCCCCUGUAAAAAGAAUGAGCAUGAAGAUGAUGAUGAUGGUGAGCACCGCUCUAUUGAAAUGGUCAAAUAUUGUAUCGUUUGUGGGUCUAUGGGUAGGCACUGGGGUGAUGACUGCCCCUAUUGGUCUGAAGCUAAAGUGGAUAAUUCCGAGAUAAGUGAUGAUGAUUAUGUUGCGUUUUAGAGGAUCACAGGACUCCUGCUGGCUAGAGAUGUUAUAUGUGUUGUAGAUCCUGAUCUCAAGCUCCGACUAUUAAGUAGGAUUAACAUCAACUUUGUGCUGUUUGAUGAAGACCGUCGUUUUUAUUUUUCUUUACCAUUCUUUACAGGCAGAUUGUGUGUCACUGUGUUGUACGUUUACAUCAGUGCUUGAUAGCUCAAAAAGUCAGUACUUUAUGUAAUAUUUUGUUUCUUUUCUUUCCUGUGCUUGGGCCCAAAAUGAAAUGAAAAUUAUCCAAUUG